AACCUGCUUCCGAUGCCGCUUUGUAUCUGUCGAUAAAAUUUAGCCAUUCUUUGAACAUAAAACUGAUAUUUGCAUCAACUUUUAUCCCCGGCAUUUUGUAAAUAUUUAGUUCGUGGAAUUGUGCGUGGUUGGUGCGUGUAGUCGCGCAGGCCAUGACAACAGAAGACAACAGACAUGACAUGUCGAAUGAGAAAUCUAAUUGUUUUUCCGAAAAGAAAUUCCUUUGAAACCAGUCAAUAAAGGGCACAUAUUCAGAAUCAUGGCUUUGCUAAACCGUCGUCUAAAAGACCGUGAUAUAGAAAGAUUUCCCUUGGUGGGAGAAAAUGAUGGAAAUUUGAGUGAAUACGGUGACGAAACUGACCUUGACACCGAGGCGAACGAACAAUUUCAACAUCAUGGGAUUUCACUAUGGCUUUCAGAUUCAGUACUUAUGCUCAUUGAACACAUUCAGAUUUUCGCAGUGUUCUUGGUCUUGUCAGAGAAAUGGAGCUGGCCUUUAGAUUGGAUAAGAGAAACAUCUUUUGUGCUUUUGAUCAAUCUUGAUAUUUGGGAAUUUUGGAAGAUCAAUAAAGAUAUCUAUGAUGGAGCAAGUGAGGCUCAUGUCCCAUCUAGCAACAUGUUUAGUUACAAAACAUACCUGGUUAUUUGGACUGUUUUUACUUUCGUUUUCUGCACAGGUUUUGUUGCAAUGUAUCGAUAUUUAAUUUAUAAAAGACCACUUUAUUUAUUGUUAUAUCUGACAAGAAUGAAACGUGUGUUGUCUGUUGUUGCUCAAGUUGUCUGCAUUCCAAUUGGGCUAGUGGUUGUCAGGUUGCUCCAAUGUCGUCCUGAGGUAACAGCCUCACGAGCACCAAGUUUGGAACAAAUGGAAAAGGUUUUGAAUGUUGAAAAUAAUAUAAAGUGUUGGAGUGGAUCGCAUCUUAUUUAUGGACUUGAAACAUUAGGAUGGUUUUUGUUGCUGAUUGCAGCAUUACUGUUCCUUGUUUAUCCUGUAUAUCUGUGGCGGGUUACAAAAGGUGAAGUGUUCACCCACUCAAGCACACAACAUGAAGGAUACUUGCAGCUGAAAGAAGCAGAAUAUCUGAAAGGGCUGGAUAUAGUCUGGGCUGUUGAGCAAUUUUUCUUGUUCUCUUCAUAUCGUCGACCCUGGGUUUAUUACCAGUCUGUGAUGUACUUCCUACGAUUCUCAGUCAUAUUUGCCUAUGGUAUAUCACUAGAUUACCAAGUAUACCCAAUGGCUAUAGUAACUAUCACAAUGUUUCUAUUGGCUUUGCUGAUGAUGGUGGUUAAGCCAUUUCGUGUGAAUGCAUUUAAUGUCAUGAAGAUUGUUUCAUUGUUGUGUAACUCAUUAAAUGCAUUAAUUGGACUUCUGUUGGAGUUGGAAGUUGAAAGUGCCAUUCUGAUAUAUCCAAACAUUAAAUAUGCACUGCUUGGUAUCAACAGCUUUGCUAUACUUGCUUUUGUUGUCUUUUUCUCUUUCCUUGUUUUGCGUCACUAUGGUGUCAUCAGAAAGAAGCGGCCACUCUGGCCAGCUUUAUCAAAAGAUGAAAAAUCACAAGAGUUAGACUCUGACACAAAGCGAUACCUGAGAGCAGUUUUACAAGGCAGACAAGUACUCGAGAGAGCACUCUCCACUCCACCAAUAUUUGCACCAGUUCACGAACUUGAAAGGCAGAUUCAGAUUAUCAAUGCAUAUUGCCGUGAAGCUGAAGUCACUGGGAACCAAACAUUUGACACUCUUUGGGAUCUUCUUGAUGAGCUUAUUGAAGCACACAAUGUCUUCAAUUCUCAGUCGUUAUUUUCCCAAUCAAACAAGACAACUGUUCAGGACACAGCAAAUGAACUGAUGAAAAUCAUGCCAGCAUUCCGCAAGAGAAUGGAUAAACGGGAAUAUGAUUUUAUCCUUAUGAAUCCUGUAAAAAGAAGAAUGCUUUUGAAAUUGUAUGCACUAGGAUUAUUCCUUAAUGGACGGAGUACUAAAGCACAAGAGAAUGUCACAAAGAAAUUAAGAUUUGAUAAAAUGGCCAAAAGAUCUGUAGCAUAUGACUGGAAGGGAAGUAGUAUAGGGUCACCACUGUAUUCAAACAGUGACAGUGCAUCAGUGCCAAACACUGCUGGGACACUUGAUAAGUUGACUGAUAGUGUUGAUGAUUUACUUAAACAUGUUGAUUCUGUAACAAACAACAACAACGAUGGUCCACAGAUACUAGUUGUGCAACAUGAAAAGAAUGUUUCAAACAGCUCAGGUGAGUAAAUGGUAAAUUUAAGUCAGUUGUAUCUAAGAAAAGACAAAAUGUUUACUCUACACUAUAUGUCUACAUUAGAGCUGUGCGGUUAACUUAAAAAUUUGGUUCUUCCGGUACUUUUUUCAGAACCGAAAAAUGAUAUGCAAAAGUUGGGGAUAGUUAUUGUUGUGAACUUGCUUUAAUUUUUUUUUAAAACUAAGAAAUAUAUUUUCAUCUUCAUAUAAAUAAAUUCCAAUUGUUCUUUUAUUUAAUUAAUAUAUUCAGAGAUUUAUAAAAUCUUACAAAGGCAUAAAUUCAUCUAUUUAGUAAAAAUGCUCGAAACAUACAUAAAUGAGUUCAUGCAUUUGUACUGUUCUUCUUUUUUGAAAAUAACCGAAACCAAACAGAGGUUUUUUUGUUCCAAAAAAAACGGUCCAACUGAGUUAAAAUUUUUGGAACCACAUAGCUCUAGUCUACAUGCUGAAAUUUAUCAGUUAGAUUUACCUUGUUUUGUGGACCCUCUGCUUCGUGUCAGAAAACAUUGGCCAUCUCAGAGUAGGGCGCGAAAUAACGGCUGGAGGCUCGCCGGUCAAGGUGACGGGCCAACUCAAUUUUAGCUCGGACAUACCGAAUUUUUGGCCAGUCAAAUUAUUCAGCUUAAAGCAAAGCCUUGUAAAGUAUACCCCUAGAAAUGUAACUAUUUUUCCCAGUAUAGCAUUACAGAAAGCCUUACUGUAAUCAGUAAUUAAAAACUCCUUCACAUAAAACAGCUUGCACUGCACUAAAAGCAUGCAUGGGCUUAACUCUAAAAGCCAAAAGCAUGGCCAUGGGCUUUGAGACGUACUGCGUGGGAAAGCGCCAGUUGCUGGCGUACAUUGAAGUUCUUUUCCCGAAAAAUAUUCGACAACAUGUUAUGGUUCUUAAUUAUAAUACUUGACAAUUUUAUUUUGAUUAUUAAUUCAAAUGAAGAUUAGUUGGUUCUUUUACCAAAAGUGACUGGUCAAAAUGACCGGCAAGGUAAGAAUUUGACCAGACAACUCUGCAUUCUAGCCGGACACUGUCCAUUGACCGGCCGUUAUUUCGUGCCCUGCGGAUGCACAAAAUAUACUGUUUCCUUUGAUCCCAUUGAAUAAGUGUUUAAUAGACUGUACUGUUUAUUGCACUCUUGCCCCAAUGUCCUUGUUUUCAUGUGGUUAUUUCCUCAUGUUUCAUGCACAAUAGGGUUAAGGGUAGGUUUGUGAUUGGGCUCAAGAUCAAAGAGAAACAUAUUCAUGCAUGAAAGUGAGGAUAUAACCUUCAUGUGUGUGUCAUGCUAAAACAGACAAAAAUAGAAACAAGGCUAUUGGGGCAAAAGUGCAAUAAACAGUAAAUUCUAUUGUUUCCUCAACAUUCAAUAAUGUUGGGUAAUUCACCCCAAGGACUUUCAAGGCAAGCAUUGCAUUUGUUUAUUCUUCUUGUACAGAUGGUUCAAGUAUUUCACUUCCUGGUGCUGUUGCAUAUGAAGAGAAUAAUGACAUCACACAAAUUGUAUAGAUUGUUGUAAAUUACUGAAACAUGGGUUGCAAUUUUAUAUUAAUGUAAAUAUUGGUUAUGUAUAAUCAUGAUGACCUUAGGUCAUUUAAUCACAACUUAGGUGAUUUAAUCACAACUGUUGUAAUUCUACAUGAUGUAAUACUGUUACUAGAAAGGUUCAGAUUUGAUUUCUACCACUGGCGUACUGAGACCUUCCCGAGCAGGGGGGGGGUUCCACCACAGCCUCUUUCCUUUACCUACCAACUCAAUUUUACAUAUCAAUUAAUUUACUGACCAUUUCCAAUCAAUUUAUCAACAAGUCACGUUUUUUCCCUAGAUAAUUUUAUUGACAGUUUUGUUGACGAGUUUUGUAAAAUGUGGGUGUUGCAUCCCCCACUCAAUAUGUCCCUGACCUUCGCUACCUCUCCCUUACGCAUAUGAUUGGUUAAUCAGGUAGAUUAAACACUUAGACACAUCUGAUUGGUUAAUGGUAGUGGAAACCAAAAUCUGAACAUCUCUAUUGUGUUGCAUAUACAGACAACGACACUACAUACAGUAAGUUGUCUAAUGUAGAUUGUUGUAAAUAAUGUGUUGUAGUUUCGUGAGCUGCACAUUAAUUAAGUUAAUGCCAUUCCAGAAGUUGUAAAUAGAUUGUUGUAAAUAGACCUUGCUUUCAUAUUAUUAUUUCCUCAUGUAUUAUGCACAGUAGGUUAAGAAUAGGUUUGUGAUAGGGCUCAAAACAUCAGGAAAAAAGGGGUGAAGAAACAUUAGAUAUCCGAAGAGGGUAGGGGAAAUUUUCCUUACAAGAACUUUUUCUAAGUUCGGAGCUUAGUCGAAAUUUUUUUCUUUAUUUUUCUGUAUAUUUCAUGUAGUUGCUGGUUUUUUCUUUCCCAAAACGCUUGCAUGAAUUUGGAUCUGCCAAACCCGCCCAGAAUAUCUAAUGGUCCACCCUUGGCAAACACGGAAAACAUUAAAAAGAAGUUGGUCAAAAUGUUUUGUUGUUGGUCAAGGGAAAUAUUAAGAGUAAAUACGCUAUUAAACCUGAUUUGAAGAAAUACACCGUCUUUCAUCAAUAUUGAAAUUUGGUCAAAUUUGUUUUUGGUCAAAAUAUAUUGAGGAAACAAUACGAUUAAAUUUUAACUGUAAAGUACAUUGCACAUUACCAAUUAUUAUUUGUUUUGGGACCAAAUUUUGUCAGUAACUCUGAUAGAUUUAAAGUUUGUUCGUUCACUGCAACCAGGGUCCAGGUAUAUCAAUCAUGUUUUUUACAAUCAAC